AGAGCUCAGAAGCCUGAGAACGUUUCAGGAGCGCCUCAGAGUUCCCAGGCCCAGCCCCGGGGCCUGGCCCAGCUCCGGCUUGGAGUCUUGGGCCCAGGGCUCAGUGCAGCCUCGGGUGUCCGGACAGCUCAGCCUCCUGCAGCCCCAGCCCAAGGCAGGGACCAGGGACCCCCACGUUGCUGGCUGACAUCCGGCCCAGGAGUCUGUGCCGGGCUGAGCCUCCCCUCCUCCGGUCCCCUGGGCUUUGUGUCUGGAAGGAAGGAAGACCAGCAGCUCAACCUGCGCAGACUUUCAGGGAAGAUGCAGCCACUCCUGCUCGUGAUGGCCGUUCUUCUGCCCGCCGGGCGGGGACAGCCCUCUCUUUCAGGGGAGAUCAUCGGGGGCCACGAGGCCAAGCCCCACUCCCGCCCCUACAUGGCGUUCGUUCAGUUUCUGGAUCAGGAGAGGAUGAGGCGGUGUGGCGGUGUCCUCGUGCAGAAGGACUUUGUUCUGACGGCUGCUCACUGCAGGGGAAGCUCAAUCAAUGUCACCCUGGGGGCCCACAACAUCAAGAAGCAGGAGGGGACCCAGCAGGUGGUCCCAGUGAGAAGAGCCAUCCCCCACCCAGACUAUAAUCCUAAGGACCACUCCAGUGACAUCAUGUUACUGCAGCUGCAGAGAAAGGCCAAGCAGACGGCAGCUGUGAGGCCCCUCAGGCUGCCCGGGGACCGGGCCCGGGUGAAGCCAGGACAGGCGUGCACUGUGGCCGGCUGGGGGCAGGUGGCGGUGGGCGUUCCAGCCACCACUCUGCAGGAGGCAGUGCUGACGGUGCAGGAAGAUCGUGUGUGCGAAUCCCUCUUCCCAGGCUAUUACAGCCACGCCACCCAGAUUUGUGUGGGGGACCCGAGCACGGUGAAGACCAGCUUCAAGGGCGACUCCGGAGGGCCCCUCGUGUGCAAAAACCUGGUCCAGGGCAUUUUCUCCUGUGGGAAACAGAACGGGACACCUCCAGGAGUCUUCACCAAGGUCUCCCACUUCCUGCCCUGGAUAAAGAGAACAAUGAAGCGCCUCUAACAGCAAGCUGGAGACUCACCUUUUUGUGGGCUGGCCAUCUUCCUGGGGCAGCGGCAAGAAUCCCAUAGGGGUUGGCAGUGGGAUCGCAGGGCCAUAAUAAAGGGAUCUCUAGAGCAAA